AUGUGUCCAGGUGCAGUGACCCUCACAUGGGUCCUUCCAGAGAUUUCUGGGAACUCUGAAGACAUCCCCCUGGUUCGCUGGAGGCAGCAGUGGUUGGAAAAUGGCACUUUGCUCUUCCACAUCCACCAUCAGGACGGCAGUCAGAACCUGCCUGGCCCGGCGGCAACCACUUACCCCGCUAGUGACUCCGCCGAGGAAGAGCUUCGUAUCCUGCACAUCUCUGUCAUGGGUGGUAUGAUCGCUCUUCUGCUGUCCAUCCUGUGUUUGGUGUUGAUCCUGUACACUCGUAGACGCUGGUGUAAACGUCGCCGCGUACCUCAGCCACAAAAGAGCGCUAGUGCUGAAGCAGCCAAUGAGAUCCACUACAUCCCCUCUGUGCUGAUGGGUGGACAGGCCCGGGAAAGUUUGAGAAAUUCUCGCGGACAGGGUCAUAACUCGAGCGGCACAAUCAGCAUCCGUGAGACUCCGAUCUUGGACGGGUAUGAGUAUGACAUCACAGACCUACGCCACCACCUGCAGCGGGAGUGCAUGAACGGCGGCGAGGACUUCACCAGCCAAGUGACACGUACGCUUGACUCACUUCAAGGGUGCAAUGACAAAGCUGGCAUGGAUCUCACUCUAGGGAACGAUAGCACAAAACUGUCCCUAAUGAGCAAGUACAAGGACAACAUCAUAGCUACCAGUCCUGUCGACAGUAACCACCAGCAAAACACACUCCUCCCACACAACACCUCCACCAACCAGCGCAAGCGUCUAACCAGCAAAACACACGCGGGUUCAACUUUCCUGAACCCGGACGGAGACUCUGGGACGGAGGCGGACAGUGAGCCGCAGCUGACCUUCUACACUGACCCAAACCGCAGCCGCCGUCGCAGUCGAGGUUCCCCACGGAGUCCUAUCAACAAGACCACCCUGACUUUGAUCAGCGUGGUGAGCUGUGUGAUCGGCCUGGUCUGCACAUCUCACCUCUCCUGUAGCCUCAACGUCAGAGUCAUACUCCAUGUUCCGGAGCACCUCAUUGCAGACGGCUCCAGAUUCGUUCUGCUCCAGGGCAGCCAGCUGGAUGCAUCUGAUUGGCUGAACCCUGCCCAGGUGCUGCUGUACUACCAGCAGAAUGCCAGUGGCACCUGGGUCAAUGAUCUGUGUGGCCGCCGUCUCUUGGACCCAUGUGAACAUCAGUGUGACCCAGAUACAGGAAAAUGUCUCUGUUUCGAUGGCUACAUGAAGGACCCUGUGCAUAAGCAUCUGUGUAUUCGAAACGAAUGGGGCCCAAAUCAGGGCCCAUGGCCCUACACAAUUUUCCAACGUGGCUUUGACUUGGUGAUGGGAGAGCAGCCAUCUGAUCGCAUUUUUAGAUUCACAUACACUCUUGGAGAAGGCAUGUGGCUGCCACUUAGCAAAAGCUUUGUCAUUCCUCCAGCUGAGCUGGCCAUCAACCCCUCUGCAAAGUGCAAGACAGAUAUGACCGUCAUGGAGGACGCAGUGGAUGUCAGGGAGGAGCUGAUGAUUUCUUCGUCCUUUGACAGUCUAGAAGUGCUGCUCGACUCUUUUGGCCCGGUGCGCGACUGCUCAAAAGACAAUGGAGGCUGCAGUCGAAAUUUCCGUUGCAUCUCUGAUCGCAAAUUGGACUCCACUGGCUGUGUGUGUCCUCCUGGUUUGAGCCCGAUGAAGGAUGGCACCGGUUGCUAUGACCACCACAUUGGCAUUGACUGCUCUGACGGCUUUAAUGGGGGCUGCGAACAGCUGUGCCUUCAGCAGCUGGCACCUCUGGAGGAGGACCCUACUCUCUACAACAUCCUGAUGUUCUGCGGAUGUAUUGAAGAUUAUAAGAGAGGAGCAGACGGCCGCUCAUGUCAGCCGCUGUCAGAAGCCUGCACUGAGGGAGUGGACUGUGGGGACACAGCUGACAUCCCAGCCAACCAGACUGUGUUUGGGGACCUCUUCUACGGCUACAAUAACCACACCAAAGAGAUUACAUCAGGACAGGUCCUUAAGGCUUCCUUCAGGCAGAAGAACUUUGCCCGUGGCAUCGAGCAGCAGCUCCCGGAUGGCAUGGUGGUUGCGUCUGUGCCGACUGAAGCCCAGUGUCAUGAGGAGCUGUCUGACCCAGUGCCUGAUCCAGAGUACCUGACUGGUAUGGUAAACUACAGUGAGGUUACUGGUUAUCCACUGGUUCAGCACUGGAAGCUGCGGUCCAUCAUGUACCAUGUGAAGCUCAAUCAGUGGACCCUCUCCCAAGACUGGAGUGAUCUCACUGAGGAGCCCUCACUGUGA